ACGGUGAAGCAAAGCUGGGCUGGUCUGACCUCAGAGUUACAAACUCAAGCAAACAAGAGGCAGGACUGGAUGUCGACAGAUAAAAGGGCUCUGAAGAGGACUCUGAAAUCACUGCCGCCGUGGCGAGACUGAAUGGACUGAAUGAAAGGAGAAGAUGUGGAGACUUCAUCUGAUAUCCAUCUACCUUUUCCUUCAGAAACCAGAAUGCAUCACAUCAUGCCUCACAAGGGGUUCAGUGGUCUACUGCGCCUUCCAGAACCUCAGGUGGGUCCCUCUUUUGCCCCCCAACACCACCCACCUGUACCUGGAGAUGAACCGCAUCGGGGAGAUCAACGCCACCUCCCUGUCCGGCCUGGAGGAGCUGCAGGAGCUGGAUCUGGGCUCACAGAGGGUCCCUCUGCUGAUCAGGGACAACGCCUUCAGCAGGCAGAGACGCCUGCGGAGGCUGGUGCUCGGCUUCAACCCCGGCAUCCGGCUGGAGCCGCUGGCCUUCUCCGGCUUGUCGGCGCUGCACAAGCUGGACCUGAGCAGCUGUGGGCUGAACGGGUCGGUUCUAUCUGACGCUUACCUGCAGCCCCUCAGAUCUCUGGAGACUCUGGAUCUGUUUGGGAACCGCAUCAAGAAGCUUCAGCCGUCUCUGUUCUUCACAAACAUGACCAACCUGACCGCCGUGAACCUCAAGAUGAACAGCGUCGGUCAGAUCUGUGAGCCGGACCUGGCUGCUUUCAGGGGAAAACACUUCAGGUUCUUCAGCCUGAACUCGGUGUCGCUCACUCAGAUGUCGAGUCUCCACUUUGACUGGAGGAAAUGUGGGAAUCCUUUCAGAGGAAUGUCCAUCCAGGAUCUGGACCUAUCCCACAGCAUGCUGGGCGUACAAAACCUAAAGCUGCUGUUUCGGGCCAUGGAGGGAACCAAGAUCUCCCACCUGAAGCUGUCAGGACACAUGGGGCGAGGGUUCUCCUUCGAGAACCUCCCUGACCCUGACCGCAGCACCUUUGAAGGUCUGUGCAACAGUUCUGUCCUCUCGCUGAGUCUCUCCAAAAACAGAAUAUUUGCUUUGCAGCCGGGGGUUUUCCACGCCCUCCGAGAGGUCAGAGCCAUUGACCUUUCCCACAACCGCCUCAACCAGAUCCGCAGGAACGCCUUCCAGGGCCUUCAGACCAACCUGAAGGUGCUCAAUCUGUCCCACAACCUGCUCGGAGAAGUCUACCGCCACACUUUUGCUUCCCUGGAAGUCCUCCAGGUCCUGGAUUUGUCCCACAAUCACAUCGGUGCUGUGGGUUACCGCUCCUUCAGCGGCCUUCCCAACCUGAAGGUUCUGGAUCUUCAGGGAAACUCUCUUCGAGACCUGGGUUCUCCUGCCUCUUUGCCACAUCUGGAUUAUCUAAUCCUGGAUGAUAAUAAGAUUACUUCAGUGAACGGUCUCACUCGCUUUGCAAGAAACGUCUCACAUCUAAGCAUCCAGGACAACAGGAUCGCCAACGUUGGAGACAUCUAUGCCCUCGCUAACCAGCUGGAGCGCCUCAGCUCGCUUCUCUUUGGGGGGAAUGCCGUCAAGUGGUGCACGCUGGGUCCACAAGCUGCCCCAAACACUGUCAAACAUCUGGACCUUCACGACAGCUCCCUUCAGUUUGUUUGGGAUCAGGGGAAAUGCUGGAAUCUGUUUGACCACUUUGGAAAUGUGGUCAGUUUGGAUCUGAGCACCAACCAGCUGAGGGCUCUACCUCAAAACGCCUUCUUCGGCCUCACCUCUGUGGAGAGUGUGGACCUGUCCUCCAACGCUCUGACGUACCUGGAGCCUGGAGCGCUUCCCAAAACCCUGCGGUCUCUGGAUCUCUCGGGUAACUUCCUGGCCUCUCCGGAUCCUGCAGUUUUCCGCUCCCUCAGCGUCGUCGGUCUCUCCAUGAACAGAUUCCUCUGCAGUCCAGAGCUGAGGAGCUUCCUGACCUGGUUAAACCAGACCAACGUGACGUUCUUGGGUCCCGUUCAGGAGCUCAGGUGUGAAUUUCCUUCUGACCUCCACAGUGUGCCGCUCUUGGAUUAUUCUGCUCAUCUGAUGCAGCAGUGAGCUCAUUGUUACCUCGAGUGUGUUUUUGUUUCUUAAAGGCCUUUUAAUUGUCAUGCAACCAGCAGGGACACUCCAAGCUUAUCCAUUAGGCUCGUUUGUUGCUUGGCAACCAUUGGAUGCAGGACUUUAAUUAGAAAGAUUUCAGGAGGGAAAGAUGAUACACAGAACCAAACUUUAAGAAAAAUUCAGAAACAGUCAAUAACUUGACAGACAGCUGUUUUGCUCUUAUUUUACAGCAGGGGGCGCUCUGAGCUCACCCUUAAAGCUGCAGGUCUGAUCACAAAAAUGAUUAAAUGACAGUUAUUGUCAAUGUUAAGCCUAAAUAAGGAGGUUACAUAUGCAACAACAUCACCGCUACUGUUGAACAGCACCUUUAAGCAUGGCAGAGGGAGGUUCAUGUCCGGGUUUCUUCAUUUUGACAUCAGUUGUGAUGAAAACAAAGAAAAAAGCUCCUGCUUUCAUAACAGCAACUCCUGUUUCAUCAAAUAUUAAAUCCUGCAGACCCGAGCAGCGAUCCUCUGACUCAUCCUGAGUGAAGGAUCCUAAUGAAGCGUAAAUCAUGAGGGUUUGAAUUUAUUCAUUAUGGCUUUUUAUUGUUUUUUUUUUAAAGCAUGUAUUUUACAUAAUUUAAUUUUGGUUUAUUUUCUUCAAUACAACUGUAACUUAAUUUAGUCUGGAUUUAUUUAUUUUGCUUUAAAUUAUUACAUGCAAUGCCAUGUGUUGUUUAUUCAUCCUUCUGUUUUUUUAUUUAGUUUUUUUGUGUAUGCAUAAUUUGUUGUUUGUACAUAUUUCAUUUCUUUGUGUUUUUCAG